CCUCUCGCCUCUCGCUUUUCUCUGCUGCUGCUGCGGACUGGGAGCGGGUGUGCCCGCAGGGGGAUUUGAACGGAUCAUUCCUGUUGCGUGCUCCGGCGAGAACGAGGGAUGCUGCGUGUGCGGUGCUUGCGAGGAGGGAGCCGGGGGGCCGAAGCCGUGCAUUACAUCGGGUCUAGGCUUGGAAGAGCCUUCACAGGAUGGGUGCAGCGAACUUUCCAGAGCACCCAGGCGGCUGCAGCCUCCCAGACCACCUGUGCUAUUGCUGAUGACAAUAACAAGGCCCCUGAAGCUGUUCCCGAAGAUUGCCCCGUCUGCUCAUACAAUGAAUGGGACCCACUUGAGGAAGUCAUUGUGGGGAGAGCCGAAAAUGCCUGUGUUCCUCCUUUUUCUGUUGAGGUCAAGGCCAACACCUAUGAGAAGUACUGGGGUUUUUAUCAGAAGUAUGGAGGCCAGAGCUUCCCUGAGGAUCAUGUAAAGAAAGCUAUUGCCGAAAUUGAAGAGAUGUGCAAUAUUCUGAAGAUGGAAGGAGUGAUUGUGAAGAGGCCAGAGCCACUUGAUUGGUCGACCAAAUAUAAAACUCCUGACUUUGAAUCUACUGGGAUGUACGCAGCCAUGCCAAGAGACAUUUUGCUGGUAAUUGGGAAUGAAAUCAUCGAAGCUCCUAUGGCCUGGCGUGCCCGUUUCUUUGAAUACAGAGCCUACCGGCCCAUAAUUAAAGACUACUUUCGCCGUGGGGCCAAAUGGACAACUGCACCAAAGCCCACCAUGGCCGAUGAACUGUAUGACCAGGAUUACCCCAUCCGCACAGUGGAAGACAGGCACAAGCUGGCUGCACAGGGUAAAUUUGUCACAACUGAAUUUGAGCCUUGCUUUGAUGCUGCUGACUUCAUAAGAGCUGGGAGAGACAUCUUUGUGCAAAGAAGCCAGGUUACUAACUACUUGGGUAUUGAGUGGAUGCGAAGACACCUUGCAUCAGAAUACAGAGUGCAUACCAUCUCUUUCAAAGACCCCAACCCCAUGCACAUCGAUGCCACGUUCAAUAUCGUUGGGCCGGGCCUCGUGCUUUCUAACCCAGAUCGCCCAUGUAAUGAGAUUGAUCUCUUCAGGAAGGCAGGCUGGACAGUCGUUCAUCCUCCGUUGCCCCUUAUCCCCGAUGACCACCCACUAUGGAUGUCCUCCAAAUGGCUCUCCAUGAAUGUCCUGAUGCUGGAUGAAAAACGUGUGAUGGUGGAUGCCAAUGAAAUGUCAAUCCACAAGCUGUUUGAAAGUCUAGGCAUUUCGACAGUCAAAGUGAACAUCCGCCAUGCCAAUUCCUUGGGAGGAGGCUUCCAUUGCUGGACCUGCGACAUCCGCCGACGCGGAACCCUCAAAUCUUACUUUGAUUAGGCGGGGUGCAAUUUCACACAGCCACCCGCGGUUUGGUUUGCAUGAACUAGGUGUAGGUGUUUGACGAGGAGGAGGUUGGUCUCAUCUUUCUGCUUAAAAAAGAGAGUGUGGAUGCAUGAGCUGUAGUGCUUGGAACAGCACCCCGUCCUCUUUCCCCCUGUGAUGGAGGCGCCAUGAGCAGUUUGUCCUAACAUGGCUCUUUCACACAUUAUGGGGAGGACAAGCCACAGAACAUAGUCAACAGGGCGCUAUGGCAAAUUGCUGCUCCCUGGUCAGUGCACCUGUAUGAGGCACGUUGCCAUUCAUGCAAUUGGAUCCUGUGCAUAUUUACUCAGAAGUAAGCUCCACCAUGUUUGAUGUGGUUCACUUUCAGAUGAGUGUGCAUAGCGCUGCAGCCUUAAAUCAAACCAUUCACUUGAUUUAAAAUUGCUCAUUUUUUUGGCAAGCACCUUCAUUUUUGAAAUGAUUCUGUUGCUCUUAGUUGGAUCCAACUACUCUCAUUGCACCUGGAUCCCCUUAAAAUCAACGGGGAAAAAGUGAGUUGUGACUGAAGUCCUGAUGGGUUGUAUUUAACUGACUUUUACUGAGAGCAGACCAGUAGUGGUUGAUAGCUCCACGUCAGUGGGGUAAUGGAAUCCACUUUGGGUUUUAAUCCCAACCUUCAAGGAUCCGUCUAAGGUGCUUCAGCACCUUGGACAGCUCCUUGAAAGUUCAGACUAAAACUCGGAGCAGAUUCUGUUGCCCCACUGACAUUGUGCCACUAGCCACCACUGAAGUAGACCCAUUGAAAUUAAUGGCCAUGACUAACUUGGGUCCAUUAGUCUUGAUGGGUCUACUCUGAGUAAAAGUUAGCUGAAUUGAUUUCAACAGGAUGUCUGUGCAACUGACUCAGUCUAAAUGCAGCCCGUUCUGUAUAGGUUCUGCAGCCUUAAAGACUAUUAGGCUGUGCCCUUAAACAGCACAAUGUGUGAAGUGACCCUUAACCCAACUAGGCCAAAGUUGCAACUCCUCAUCAGCAGUGCAGGUUUUCUGGCUGGCUUUUUGAAAGACAUCCUUUUACAUGUGAAGCUCCUUCUUACCUUCACUUCCAGGAUAUAUAAACUGAUAAUGCUACUUGGACUCCUAGAGGUCAAUUGGUGACACUACAUCUACCUCUGUUUAAAAAUUCUAUCAAAAAGGCAGCUAGAAAUGUUAGACCUGAGUUUUAACAUUGAUAUUUCCAGUUUCUUUUCUAUUUUUGUGUUUGUGUAUACACCACACUUCUUAAAACUCAAGAUGAUAGACUUAAAUACACAGAUCUUAUAUAAACCCAUGUUUCUGAUUUUAUGUGUAAUGCUAUUUAGAUUAGAUCAACUUGUUUUGUGUUUUGCAAAAAAAAAAGGUUUUAAGCCCUAUGCAGAUGUGGUUAUAACUGUUCUGAGUUUAUACAUCAUGGAGGAAUUAAUUUAUGCCCUCCGCAGAACAUCUGUCCCACUUCUAAACCUGUUUGACAGCCACACAUUGGAAGACGAAAGCUUAUGUGCAUAGAAUCCAUCACACAUAGGCUCAGGAUCCUUAAGGAUUUCAUUCAGUGUGCAUUUUUAAUUCAUGGUUCCUGGAUUAAUACACAGAUUGGACCAAGGCUGUAUUUUGGUUUCCUCGUGUCUCUGAAUUUUGCAAUAUACUUCCAUCUAUAGCCCAUCUAGUCAAGCAUCCUGUUCUCACAAUGGCUAAGCAAAGUUUGCUUCUCUCCGAACAAACCACAGCAGGAAGACAGAAUGGUCAUCUGCAGGACAGCAUAGCCUGCAUUUCUGUGAUGUGUGAACCGGGCCAAUGCAUGGCCAAAUGCAUGCUAAAAUAGUGUGCAUUAAAAAAAAAGAUCCAGGAAAUGGGAUGGAACAAAGUUGUGAAUGGGCAUGUGCAAAAGUGACAAACCACAUAUAACUGAUUGAUCCGUCCGUCCUCAAUCUAGGCACAAUCCUUGACCUUUGGCAUUGGAGGUGGUGGUUAGAACGGAAAUUCAUGGGUUGGCUCCUUAUUACAGUGUGCGGCCAUCAAAUUGGCCUGGAGAUAGGGCAUGAGCCUGGUCUCUCCCCCUGCUCCUUCCUACACAGUCACAUCUACAUGAUGCUUUCUAAAGCUUUUGACUAUAGCUGUAGUUUGGGAAGUAGUUCAAUUUCAGUGUAUCUUCCCAUACUGAAUGUUUUUUUAAACAUUUUUUAUAUAUAGAUUCGCUUUUGUUUUUAAAAAAGAGAAGGUUCCACAUGUGCCAACACAUUUUGUUUUUUGAACUUGUUUACAUCAACUAAGGGUUUUUAUUAUUGUUAAUAAUCCUUAGCAGAAAGGCAAAUCUUGGAAAUUUUUAAUACCCACCAGUGCUGUAAAUUACUUUUUUAAUACUGAUUUCCUCAACUUGUAUUUUUAUGCUAAUAAAACACGUUUGCAUUUGCGAA